UGGUUGCUUAUAUUAAUUGAAUAAUUGUGAUUUUUCUGCACAUCUAUCUGAAUACCCCCACCCUUUGACACGUGUUCCAUUUGUCGUGCAGCGCAUUUAAUUGUAUUCGGAUGACUUUUUUUUCACUUGCGAGUGGGGAAAAAUGGGCACCAGAAACAGAUAGAGAAGUGACUGACGGCGCGUUGUGGAAGAAAUUUUCACGUGUGCAAAUAUCCGGCUAACGAACUUAUAAAAUCAUCGAGCGUGGUGCUAUAGUUCACAUUCACCAACAACUUGAACACAAAGUGUAUGCGCCUUCUAAGCGGAACAAUUAAACGCCAAGUCAUUAGAUUAUUUUAUUUUUUGUCCCCGGUCACAAACAAAUUUUCAAGUGUAUUAAAUAUUUGCUUCCAGCAAAUAAAGAAAAAAUCAUCUGUGCGCGCUCGAAAGCAUACAUAGCUGAAAACUUAACUGGUUGGUGGUUUACAAAUCGACUUUUGAUAAGGAAGCGGAGUCGAGUUGAAUCGAGUCGUUGCUCUUUUGCGCUAAAACGUUCCGGCAAAUUUCAAGUGUCAAAACGCGGGAAGGUGAGGAGGUCGCAAAUGAUAAGUAGGUACCUGCCUAUGUAGUGUCAAAAAAUGCCGCACCAAUGAUGAAUGAAUGCUCAGUUGCGUGAAUUGUCCCGCUUGGGCUGGAAGCAAGGCAGAUCGAUCGCGUCUGGGUAGGAUCUGCUGCCUGGGACUGUUUCUCAGUUAUUGGCGAUAUUCGCGUUCGAGUUAAAGAUUAGUCGGGUAAAAUAGGAGCCCCACAAGCAUCACAAUGGUAUCAAUUCAAGGAUGCCUAACAGCUGUUUUGACGGUUACGGUGGUUUGGAAUUUCAGCGGAAUAGCUGCGUGUCUACCCUAUGUCCAGCGAGAUGGUUGGGAUGCCAAGCCGCCCAAGGAUGUGCAGAAGUUUUCCGGUCCGAUACCGUACGUAAUCAUUCACCAUUCCUACAUCCCGGCAGCUUGUACCAGUGAACGGGACUGCAUUCAGGCCAUGCAGCUGAUGCAGCAAAUGCACCAGCUGGAUCGGGGCUGGAACGAUAUCGGGUACAGUUUUGCGGUCGGCGGCGAUGGCCGCGUCUACGAGGGCCGGGGAUUCAACGUGAUCGGAGCCCAUGCGCCCCGGUACAAUGACCGCAGCAUUGGAAUCUGUCUGAUCGGUGAUUGGAGAUAUGAGCUUCCAUCGCCAAAAAUGUUGGAGGCAACCAAGGAUCUGAUCCAGUACGGGUUACACAACAAACUUAUCUCGGCCAACUAUACCCUCAUCGGGCAUCGACAGACGCGACCUACCGAAUGUCCCGGGGAUCGACUCUACCAGGAGAUACAAAGCUGGCCACACUAUUCUCCCAUGGAGGAUGUUGUUGAUCCUAACAGUAUUCCCACUUAAAGUUGAAUGAUUGAAAAAAAAGUUUCUUGGAAAAGAGUAUUGAAUUUUGUUACAAACUAAACCCUUAAACACUUCAA